AUGACUCUACCGAACGUACCCAAAGAGCUCUGGGACCAGAUUGCAACCUGCUUAACGGGCCGCGAUGUCAAAAGUCUGCGUCUUGCUUGCAAAUCACUCUCAGGCACCCCUUUGCCUCUUGACAGAGUGUUUAUAAGCGCCAAUCCCAUAGAUAUCAGGGUCUUCCGGAACAUUGCAGACCAUGAUGUUUUCAGACAUUGUGUGCGUGAGAUUAUCUGGGACGAGGCACGGUUUGAACGAGAUUUCAGAGUUGAUGCGUCUAGCGGUCUCGAAUGGACUGAAAUGGGGAAUACUGAAGAUAUUCCCCCGGAUGACUUCUUGACUGAAUGUCGUCAUAAUUUGGAUCUCGUUGAAGCAAGAUUCGCUCAAUACAGACUCGAUUUGCCAUUUAUCGCACUCAUGGUCAAAGAGAUGGAGGCGGAAUUGACCACCUAUGAAUCUUGGUGGUAUUGCCGGCAGUUCCUAGGCGAGCAACGCAGAGUUUUAGCAGAUGAUUUAGACAUCAAGGCAUUUGACUCAUGGGACGUUAUUUGCUCCUCUGUACAAAAUAUUAAUGACCCGAACUUUGCCAUAUGGCUUGAAUUACAGCAUUCCACGUGGCUGGCCGGUCUCGGCCUAGUUUGGAGUACGACCACCUUUGUUGAUCUUCUUCAAAGACCUGGGUUCCGUCGCCUUGAUCUUGCUUUGAUGGCUGGUCAACAGGAGCCGGGCGAUUGGGAGUCUCUUCGAAACGGACGCUUGCGAAGCGCGUUGGCAGAAGCUUCAGACUUGGAACAUUUUCAACUAAACACAGACAUUGGAUACCACAGGACAAAAGAUGCCGGCGCCCACCUUGCCCUCCUCCACGACAUUUGCCCGAUAGUGCGAAGGACGAAGCUACGGCAUUUUGGAUUAACGAGAUUUCUUUCGCAGCGUGAUCUUGUUGCCUCCUUAUCAAAGCUGCCGGCCUCUGUUCGAACCGUUGAGUUGAAUUGUCUGUAUUUUCUCUCCGGCGAUGGUACCUACAGAGAUCUGCUGGAUGCUAUGCACGAAUCUCUGGACUGGAAAACGAGGAAUGCUGCUGCGCGUCCAAAAGUGACUAUCAAACCGGACCGUCUAGAUCACGGCAAAGUCGAUGGCCGGACUAUUUGGCUUGAAGAAGAGGCCGGUAAGUUUUUGUAUGAGGGAGGGCCCAAUCCGUUUCACCAAGUACUCCGCGAUGAAGUACUACCCGGGCAUGGGGGUAAGCUGCGAGAUGAGUUUCAGCCUGACCUGGUGCACCCAUGGGUAGACUAUGAUGCCGUCUUGCCCAUGGAGGCCGAGAAGGAGUCUCCCUCUGUUACAAUUGAGGGUGGCGAAUGA